GACGAGGGCUUGAAUUGAGUCGAGUCUGUCGGCGGUCGCGUUUAGUUUACUCAUCGGUUGGUCAGAGAAGUUUCGAUAACACAACGCUAUACGAUUAUAUCGAUAUAUUCUACUCCUAUCGGUCCGUCGUCGUUGGCCUAUUGUUUAUUUCUUUUGUUGGCUUAUCUAUCAUUUAAGUCAGAUCGAACGGAUAUUGUAACUUGCUGCCAAUUGUUAGAUAUUUUAUUUUUUUAUUUAUUCCCAACAAAUGUAUGUUUUCUAUGCGGGUUGAUGAUUUCUUACCGGUUGCAGUUCUGAGUUUUGAAAAGAAUUAUUAAAUAAAAUAGCUUCCUCCAGCCUUGAAUAGUUCAAGUUGAAUUAUCUAUACACUAUUUGUUUUGUUUAUACGCAAUAUAGUAAUAAUUAUAUUGUAUUUUGUAUAAAAGAAAAUAUGAAAUAGUGAUUUUUAGUGAUUUCUGCACCUUUCGCAUGUAUGGUAAUUAUAACUUUGUGCAUAUCCGAUGAGACGGUAGUGUGGUCCGGCUACGGCGCGAAUAUUCAAAGAAAUUAACGGUUACCCAGUUCUAAAUAAACAAAAUAAUAAUAAUUAUAAAAAUAUAUACAAACAAAAUUGAUCAAGAACAAAGUUCAUGGUGAUAAGUGAUUGAAAAUUGCAUUUUAAAGAUUCUAUUUCAAGAAGAACAAAUAAAAUUACAUAAUUACUUUAAAUUGUAUUCGUGGAAGUCCAUAAUCAUCAUCAGCAUCAUUAAUUGCAAUGACACUUCCUUCAACAUCGACUUUAUGUCGAAUUUUUACAUUUUUCUUUGCUGGAACUCCACUCAUCUACAGUCCUGCGCCACGUGGUUCAUGCGAUAGUUGCUGCCCGAUCAGAGAAGUUCAAGAUGUCAAGUUUUUUCUGUAUACAAAUCAAAAUCCCAGAAAUCCCUAUCAACUGUAUCUGAAAAAUGAUCAACGGUUGCAGCAGAGUAAUUUAAAUAAGUCACAUCCGCUGGUCAUAUACCUGCAUGGCUUCUCUGAGUCAUCAUCUGGCGAUGAACAACAAAGUAGUCAACAAAUUAAGGAUGCAUUUCUCAAGGCCGGAAAUUACAACGUUAUCCUGGUUGAUUGGAGUCCACUAACAGCAAUGCCAUGGUACACAAAUUCAGUGGAUAACAUACCUAUAGCUGGACGUUAUAUUGCUCGGUUCUUGCGCUACCUCAUCGGCACUGGAUUCCCCAAGGCACAGAUUCAUGUGAUUGGCUUCAGUUUGGGUGCUGAAGUUGCAGGCUUCGCUGGCCAACAAAUUCAGGAAUGGGGAGUUGUGCUGUCAAGAAUAACAGGUUUAGACCCAGCCCUACCACUUUUCAACGGACAAAGCUCCAACCAAAGACUUGGCCCUACGGACGCACAUUUUGUCGAUGUCAUUCACACGGAUGGAGGAGUACUGGGCAAUCCAGAGCCACUGGGACAUGCUGAUUUCUAUCCGAAUAAUGGAGUACCAUUACAGCCAGGAUGUGCCAGGCAGGAGAUAGCCAAUAAUCGCUGGUUGAACAUUAUAAUUGGAUGCAGCCACCAAAGAGCUUGGCAGUAUUUUGUUGAAUCGGUAGCCUCAGCUGAGUCGUUUCCAUCGGAAAGCUGUGAGAAUUCAACCAAACUGUUUGACAAUGAAGAAUCUUGCCGAACGGAUGUGAAGGCGUUUAUGGGAAUGGGAGCUGAUAAACGAUUGCGUGGCAAGUUCUACUUAAGCACCCGGGAGGAGUCUCCGUUCGGCAAGAACGCACCUCGUCGCGCGUGACAAAAAUGCUCACCUUCAAUGAGUCCUAUGGUGUGUUGAUGAUAAAAGAAGGAGGAGGAAAUACCACGCACUGACAAUGAAUGCGUAGAUAGAAAGAAAAGGAAGUUUUUAUUAUUCUUUCUUUUUUCAAAACUAUGCCACUUGACAACACAAAGCCUGAUGAAUUAUUUUAUUAGGAAGAUUUAUAUAUCUUUAUGUAUAAUUAAGAGAAAAUCUAGAUGUUAAGAGAAUGAAUGUAAAGAGCUGCCACUCUUUUUGACAAACAUGAAAGGAAGGAGUUUUUAACCCAGCAAAAUAGCCCUGUAAUAUAAGUAGAAAAGAAGCAUAUUUCUUAAAUGAAUACCUAUGUGAAUAGGUCGUCCUUUGAAUCCUGAAUGUGAAUGAACCUUAUACCUAGGCCAAAGAGUAGUGGAAAACGUGGACGACAGUAUUUUCUUUUUGCCUAGUUGGAUGAAUAUUAUUAUUCAACAGAAUUGGGUGUGGAAUUUUUAGCUGGAAAAUAGCUGACUAGGAUUUUGAUUAGGUGGCAGUAUAGUGGAUGGCGUGGCAGCGUGAAAAAAUCAUGAAUUUCUGUUCAAAAAAACCAAAAAUGUUGUAUGCGAAAUAUUAUGUCAUUAUGUAUUUAAAUUGAAUACCAGAUUUGUAUAUACAACUAGGAAGAAAUUAAGGUUAAAACCUUUUCCAAAAAGAAAGAUGUCACAUUUUUUUAUUUAUUUGGCCAGAGAUUUUAAUGGAAUAAAAUUUUGCGGACAAAAAUUUAAUUUUUUUUUAGAAAAAAGUCUAUUUUGUUAAUAGUAAACAUGUUUCAAUGUUUAGGUGACAUACUUUGAAAAUUAAUUAAUUUUAUUGUUUUGUUAAAUAAAAAUUAUUGGAAAUAUCUAUAUUUAAGGACAGUAAGCUGCUAUUCUAAUUUUAAUUUUAUUCCUUAGUAAUAAUAAAUAAAAAUAUUAAAUAAGCAUGCUAUAAAUUUUAA